GCCACUGCGAACGUCAUCCAUAUCCGUAAGCAUCCCUCACAAAGAACUGCGGCUCGCUGGGUUCAAGAUUCAAAUCGACCAAAUAUAGUUGUCAACAUCAUCUGGUUGCACUGAAUUUCACCCGUCCUGAAAUCUGUCAAGCUGCAUUUUCCUCUCGCCUUAAUCGCCUAAAAACGACGACCAAACGCUUGGCAACGUCGCAGGGGAAUGUCAGUCUUGCUGGGCCGGGCUUGGGGAAACAUCAGACAAUCGAGGCCACGCCAGUGCUGCCACUUGCCAACUACGGCGAACCCAUCAACUAAGCUACAGCACGCCAGCUUAGCAGUGCCAGUAGUGAAUAGUGAACAGCAAUAGGCAUGGCCUCCGCGAAAGAUACGGCUACGUUCUUCACCCACGGCACCUGUCAACAAUUCGAGCAGGUCCUCAAAUUGUAUCCGCAAGCCCUUCGACUCAAAGCCGACCGAAAGGCUAAGAAACCGGAGGAACUGAUCAAAUUAGACAACUGGUUCCAAAAUGAAUUGCCAAAGAAACUGAAGAGUCGCGGCAAGGACGCUCACUUGGUUCACGAAGAAUUGGUUCAAUGUAUGAAAUGGAAACAGGCGCGAGGAAAAUUCUUUCCUCAGCUGUCUUACUUGGUGAAAGUGAAUACUCCCAGGGCGGUUAUGGCAGAAACGAAAAAAGCUUUCAGAAAAUUACCUAAUCUUGAACAAGCUAUGCAAGCACUGUCGAAUUUGAAGGGCGUUGGAACAACCAUGGCUUCAG